UACCUUGUUAUCCCAUAACUUCAGUGGCCUGAAAUCUGAGGAUUCCACCAAGAUAAUAUGAUAGGAACUUUCCAUGACUCUGGGCCAUAUCCUACUUAGACAAAUGCAGGACUUCCAGAUUUCCUGAGAUCUUGGUACUGCAGCACACACUGCUUUCUCAUCAGCACGGGCAAUAAUGCCAUCUCUGCCUCAAGAAGCAGUUAUUCAGGGGCCCUCUCCCGUGGAUCUGAAUACAGAAUUACCUUAUCAAAGCACAAUGAAAAGGAAAGUCAGAAAGAAGAAAAAGAAGGGAACCAUUACGGCAAAUGUUGCUGGGACAAAGUUUGAAAUUGUUCGUUUAGUCAUAGAUGAAAUGGGAUUUAUGAAAACUCCAGAUGAGGACGAAACAAGUAACCUUAUAUGGUGUGAUUCUGCUGUUCAGCAGGAGAAAAUUUCAGAGCUGCAGAAUUACCAGAGGAUCAACCAUUUUCCAGGAAUGGGGGAGAUCUGUAGAAAGGAUUUCUUAGCAAGAAAUAUGACCAAAAUGAUCAAAUCUCGGCCUCUGGAUUAUACUUUUGUUCCUCGAACAUGGAUCUUCCCUGCUGAGUAUACUCAAUUCCAGAAUUAUGUGAAAGAAUUAAAGAAAAAGCGGAAGCAGAAAACUUUUAUAGUAAAACCGGCUAAUGGUGCAAUGGGUCAUGGGAUUUCUUUGAUAAGAAAUGGUGACAAACUUCCAUCUCAGGAUCAUCUGAUUGUUCAAGAAUACAUCGAAAAGCCUUUCCUAAUGGAAGGGUACAAGUUUGAUUUACGAAUAUAUAUUCUGGUGACAUCGUGCGAUCCACUGAAAAUAUUCCUCUAUCAUGAUGGACUUGUGCGAAUGGGAACAGAGAAGUACAUCCCACCUAAUGAGUCCAAUUUGACCCAGUUAUACAUGCAUCUGACAAACUACUCUGUGAACAAGCAUAAUGAGCGAUUUGAACGGAAUGAAACUGAAAACAAAGGCAGCAAACGUUCCAUCAAAUGGUUUACAGAAUUCCUACAAGCAAAUCAACAUGAUGUUGCUAAGUUUUGGAGUGAUAUUUCAGAACUGGUGGUAAAGACUCUGAUUGUAGCAGAGCCCCACGUGCUGCAUGCCUAUCGGAUGUGCAGACCCGGCCAGCCACCCGGAAGUGAAAGUGUCUGCUUCGAAGUCCUGGGGUUUGAUAUUUUGUUGGAUAGAAAACUAAAGCCAUGGCUUCUGGAG